AUGUCUUUGGAAGCAGAAGUGCCUGAAUUAGGUCAAGAUGAUUCUCAAAGAGAAUUGACCAUAAAGGAAGAAUAUCAAUUAUGGAGAAAAAACUGUCGUUAUAUGUACGAGUUUGUCAGUGAAACCGCAUUGACAUGGCCCUCUUUAACAAUCCAAUGGUUACCAGAAAAUAAAACGAAUGAAGCAGAAGGCUUGAUUGACGCUAAGUUAUUAUUGGGGACACAUACUUCAGGUGAAGACACGAAUUACUUGAAGCUAGCUAGUACACAGAUACCAUUGUCAAAUUCAAGUAAUACAGAAGAAAAAUCAAACAAAAAGGUUACUUCCCGUAUUAAAAUCACCAAAAAGUUCGAAAACAACUUUGAAAUAAAUAGAGCCCGUUAUAUGCCUCAAGACCCGUCCAUUGUGUCUACAAUUAAUGGUGCAGGUGAAAUUGAUCUUUAUAAUUUGGGUGGUGAUCAAAAAACUGCGAUUGCACAUUUCACUCCCCAUGAAGACAAUGGUUAUGGUUUAUCAUGGAGUCCCCAUAAGAAAGGGUACUUGUUAACCGCUUCAGAUGAUAAAACAGUAGUCUUAACUGAUACUUCUAGACUUGAUGCUACGGAUUUGUCACAAGUUUGCAAAUUUACUACGCACAAAGACAUUGUAAAUGAUGCUAAAUGGCACCAAUUCGAUGAGAGCUUAUUUGGAUCGGUCUCUGAUGACAAGUACUUCUAUCUUUUCGAUAUCAGAACCCCAGGUGAACCGGUAUCCAAGUUCUACCAUCCAGAAUCGGAGGGAAUAAACUCACUUUCUUUCUCUCCGUUUUCUCAAUACUUGGUAGCCACCGGUAACGCCAACUCUAAUAUUAGUUUAUUAGACACCAGAAAAUUGUCUACGAAGUCUGCGGUUUCCGAUGGUUUACUACACACAAUGAUGGGCCACUCUGAUUCGAUCACUAGUUUGGAGUUCUCUCCCCAUAAGGAUGGCAUGCUUGCGUCUGGUUCGCAAGAUCGCCGUCUUAUCUUAUGGGACUUAUUCAAGGUCGGUGAAGAACAAGCCCAAGAAGAUGCCGAAGAUGGCUGUCCAGAAUUGUUCAUGAUGCAUGCUGGUCAUACUGGUGCAGUUACAGAUUUAAGUUGGUGUCCUUACAAAGACUGGACCAUUGGUUCAGUAGCCGAUGAUAAUAUUGUACACUUAUGGGAAAUCGGUAAGACUCUACUUAAUGCCGAGAAGGGAAUUGAGUUGAAGGAUACCGAUUUAGAAUAG